AUGUCAGAAUCACCUACAAAGUAUUUCGAUGAGUCAGAUACAUCAUCAACAAAAAGCGGAGGAGACGAAUCCAAGAAAAGGUCAACGGUCAUUAAGGACUCAAAAUCUAACGCCAGUCUUGGACAAGAUACCUCUCGGAAAAGAGAAGGGACGUUGAUGGAUCGUCUCGUAAACACAUCAAGUACGGCCAAUCUUCUUCAAAGCAAAAAUAGUAUAUAUGCCGUUUCCACUUCAUCGUUAAUACCUCAAGACUUUUUUAGCCUUGCCAGAACCAACUUCUCUGAUGGAAAGCAAAAGGACAUGACAUUGGCCUUGUAUCAAUUUAGUGGCCUCAACGGACUAAACAACAACGACGAAAACGUCUUUAUCAACAACUGCUUGACCCUGAUUCACCCAAUAAUACAGAAAUACCACGGUGUUUUCCAUAAAUAUUACGAUGAGUAUCUCAUUGUAGUAUACGAAGCACGGCAUUCGCAACAAGCAAUAGAAUGUGCUUUCGAUUGUAUCGAGGCAAUAAGGAAGAAUGCACUGGAAUGCUCAAAGUCCAGUAGCUAUUCGGCUCCGGGAGCAGAAAGGAACUAUGUCCUCCUAGAAAAUAUCAAUAUUGUUGUCCAUACAUGCCCUUGUAAAAUUGCUCCUGUUCAUUUCAAUGAAAAACAUUCUGAUUUUACGAUCAUGACACCCUCUAAGGAUAUGUUGAGAAGAAUGGCAAACCUAGGCAGAGUGUAUGAUAUUCCAAUUGUUAUUUCUUCUCAAGUUGUACAGAAAAGCGAAAUACUCAACUCGAAAAACUUCAACAACCCAUCAAUGAACAUUGCACCAAUAGGAAAAUACUUUCUUUCUAACACGUCGACAGAACUCUUUCAAGUGUUCGACACAAAUUGGGACGUGUUUCUAUAUUCUCCUGACAGAAGGAAGGAUUUUAGAACCUCUCUCGAUAUGUUCCAACAACGAAAAUUCAUUGCUGCCAUGAAUAUUUUCUCGAAGUUACACAGAAUGAAUGACAAUGACAAACUAUCCUUGUUAUUUGUCAAAGUUUGCAGAAUGUAUCAACAAAGUGAAUUACCGCCACAAUGGGACGGUGUCAUAAUGUUGGACAAGGACAGUGAACCAUAUCCUAUUAGCAAAAAACCAAAAGGCUUCUACAUCCAGGCAGGUAUUAGUGCCUCUUUCCAUCUUGGUGACGAGCAAUUCAUGUCACAUGGCAAAGAUAAAGAGGAAGAAAUACGGCUGUUAACAGAAUCCCUAAAUCAGAAAGCCCUUAUGAUCAAGGAUAUGAAGGAGAUUUUGUCGGUCAAAGAAACAGAACUUGCUAAACUUCAUGAAAUUACUGAACUCUUGAUGAAGGAAAAGAAGCAACUAAGCCAACAACUAAAACAAAGCAACGAAAGAAAAGCAGUUGACAAAACAGCCCAGAAAAAGCUUCAGCAGCAAGACAGCAAAAAUCUUCAAGCCAUGAACAACGCAUCAGGAAAUGAACAUCAACCAUCCGCACAGAUAAUCUCCCCAGCAGGAAACAACGCACACAGCCGAGAAGUUGAACCUGGGUGUAUGGGAGGACUGUUUUCAUGUUUUGGAGGCUCCAAAUCAAGCUCUCAGCGAAACAAUCGUCACCGAAAUGGAAGAAAGAAAUAUGUAGGAAACCGAGUGACUCCAGUAAAUCAAUAA